AUGAGUGACGUGGUGGCCGAGGAAGGUGAUGGACUCUUUAAGACGCUCAAACAGCAAACGGAGGUGCGUAAGGUGGACCUCUGCCGACGCCCUGGCUACCAGGAUGUCAUCAAGGUGGUUCUGUCCCACCCGGGCCUCACGUCUCUGAUAGCGCACAUACGAGUGGGUCGCAUGCAGGUGGCGCUAGAGUCCAAGAGCUCUGUCCUGCCAACUGUCAUCUGUGGUGAUGGCGUUUGUGAGGACUCUGAGCGCUGCCGCACCUGUCCUGCGGACUGUGGGGAGUGUCCCAUGAGCGUAGGCACCAAAGUGAGCAUCUCUCUGUUGCUGGGGACCCUGUGCACCUGCUGCACGCUGCUCUGCACUUGGCUUUGGUAUCAGAAACAAAAGCUUCUUUGGGACGAGAGUUGGAUUAUCGACUUCUCCAAAAUUGAACAAGAACAGCAUGGGCGUAUGACCAUGGGCAGUGGGCUCUCUGCUCCGCUCAUGAACAGUGAGAGUAACAGCAGCUGUAUGACAGCUCUGAGCUCAUGCACCGGCGGAAAGAGGAGCACCUUCACACGCACUGGAAUCUAUGAUGGCCGAACUGUGGCGAUAAAGAAAAUCCACACCAAGACGUUCUCUUUGUCCAAAACCAUCAGACAGGAAGUGAAGCAAGUCAGGGAGCUGGACCAUCCAAACCUGUGUAAGUUCAUUGGAGGCUGUCUGGAGGCUCCGAACGUGGCCAUUGUGACGGAGUACUGCCCCAAAGGCAGUCUGAACGACGUUCUGCUCAAUGACGAGAUCCCCCUUAACUGGGGCUUCAGGUUUUCGUUUGCGAUGGACAUUGCCAGAGGAAUGUCAUACCUGCAUCAGCAUCGGCUCUGCCACGGACGCCUCAAAUCCCAUAACUGCGUGUUGGAUGACCGCUGGGUCUGCAAAAUCACAGGUGACAUCAGCUUUCCAUACCACCGUAAGUACCACCGUAAGUACCACCGUAAGUACCCCUGUAAGUACCACCGUAAGUACCACCGUAAGUACCACCGUAAGUACCACCGUAAGUACCACCGUAAGUACCACUGUAAGUACCACCGUAAGUACCACCGUAAGUACCACCGUAAGUACCACCGUAAGUACCACCGUAAGUACCACCGUAAGUACCACCAUUUUGGUCUGGCCACAUUCCGGCGUGACGAAACAGCAGAGCCAGUGUCCUUCUACCAACAGAGACUGAUGGAAGUUUAUUUACCACCCGAGUUCCAGAGCUCGAGUCUGGAGCCCACUCAGCCCGGAGACGUCUUCUGCUAUUCCAUCAUUUUGUUGGAGAUUGCAACUCGCAGUGAUCCAGUCCCAGCUGAAGAGUCGAACCUGGAGACAUCCUGGUGUCUUCCGCUGCCUGAACUGAUCCGGAGCAAGACUGACAACUGCCCCUGUCCCUCCGACUAUGUGGAGCUGAUACGCAGAUGUCGAUCGAACAACCCGGGGCAGAGACCCACAUUUGAGCAGAUCAAGAAGUUUGUGCAUCGCAUCAACCCGAUCAAAGGAAGCCCUGUGGACAUGAUGAUGAACCUAAUGGAGAAGUACAGUAAACACCUGGAGGUCCUGGUUGCCGAGCGAACACAGGAUCUGAUGCACGAGAAGCAAAAGACCGACCGCAUCCUCUAUAGCAUGCUCCCGAGGCAAGUGGCUGAUGACCUACGGCAGGGAGUGACCACUCAGGCUCAGAGCUAUGCCAGCGCCACCGUAUUUUUCAGCGACAUUGUGGGCUUCACGCAGCUCUCCAGCAGCAGCACUCCGUAUCAGGUGGUGGAUCUGCUCAACAAACUCUACACCACAUUUGACGAGAUCAUCGACAACCAUGAUGUUUACAAAGUGGAGACGAUCGGAGACGCGUGGCAGGAGAAGAUCUGGACUUUAAAUGCCAUUUCUAGUGACAUGGUGGUGUCAGGAGUUCCCAAAGAGAACGGAAUCCUACAUGCCUCGGAGAUCGCCAGUAUGAGCCUGGAUCUGGUGUCUGUGUGUAAGAGCUUCAGGAUCCCACACAAACCCACAAUGCAGCUGCAGAUCAGAGCGGGUAUACACUCAGGUCCAGUGGUGGCUGGAAUUGUUGGAACCAAAAUGCCUCGUUACUGCUUGUUUGGAGACACAGUGAACACAGCGUCUCGGAUGGAGUCCACCAGCCUCGCGUUGAAGAUCCAGUGCAGCUCCAGUGCUUUCUUUCUGCUGGAGGAGGUGGGAGGAUACACGCUGCACUGCAGAGGGACUCUGCAGGUCAAGGGAAAAGGCGACAUGGUGACAUACUGGCUCGAAGGAAAGAAGACAAAUUUGGUCAAGAAGGAAGUGACCGCCGAAGCCAAAGCAAUCAAACUGGUCACUAUGGAUUCUGGGGUGGUUACUACAGAUACAGAGGCAGAGAGGUACUGCUCGCUACCGGGAAUGCUCAACCAGGACCUGGUCAUCAUGGAAUAA